UAUUAAAGUAUUUUGAUGUUCCAGGAGGCCAGAAGACAAUCGGGAAACAAUGUGAAGAUUGAUGAUUUGUACUUGAACAAUGAAAGACUGGCAGAUGACAGGUCAGUGGCGCAUUACAAUUUGGAGGAUGGAACUAUUCUGGAGACCACAUCUAAUCCUUUCUGGGCCACUUGCUUGUUUAUCAAACAUUGUGAAGCUGAAGAAGAACAGAAGAGAAAUCUGGAUAAUCCAGAUGUACAAAACUGGACAAACAAAUCACUAGCUCGGAAAAGGACACUUUUGUCCGUUUUGUUUAACAGCAAAAAUGAGUUUCAGAGCCAGCCACCCCACUUUCCUACCUUGGAUGAUUUUGUGGGAUAUCUUAACAAUCUGAAGAAAAAAGGGGCUACAAUGAAUCCUUACUACACACAGCGCCACCUGGGAGAGAUGUUUCAGGAGUACCUUGACCUAGAUGCAGGACACAGUAGUGACCCUUUAGGAUCCUUCAUCAACAGAUAUGCCAUCAAGCUGGGAUUCAGACAUUUAGAUUGGAAUUAUGUUGAAGGACCCCAGCCAGGUGAGCUUGGGAGAAAUAGGACUAUUAAUGGUGGUGGUAAUGGUGGAAAGAGAACGAGGCAACCCAGGAAUAAUGCUGUAGCGAACGGGGGCAAGGUGACCUGUGAUGAUUGUGAGGGUACCUUGGCAGAGCUGUAUUGUGGGGAGUGUCAGAAUGCUACAGGAGGACAAGGGCUCUAUUUGUGUAACAGGUGCUCUGAGCUUAUUCAUGCAGGUGCUACCAGGAGGAGGCACAAUGUUCAAGAUAAAGCCAAUGCUCCUAAAAUUUCCAAACCAUAUAUUCCUCAUGCCUUCAAAGCCCCAUUCUCCGUUUUGCUUGGAUUAUACAGUGGCCUGACAGAGGGGAGACCAGUCUUAAGCAUGACUGAGGACGAGAUAAAGCUCCGAGCCCAGCCCCUGACAGAUACUGACCUACAAGACAAACAAACUGGUCAAUACUGUGGUGGCUUUGACUGCAUGGAGAAGAUUCUGAUGGCUAAAGGUUUAGUUCAGAGAGAGGAUUCCAGAAAUCCCACGUAUGCUUUGACUGAGACCGGUGAAGAGCUAGCAGGCCAGUUGUAUGAAUUUCAGCAGAGUGUGCAUCGAUUCCUCAAAUCAAACCAAGUUCCUAAUAUUCCACAGACAAUAAACACUGUUUGUGGAACAAGGAAGAUUUGUCUAAUUAUCGAUGAACAGGAAAGGGAUAAGAACAGAUUUCAUCAGAUAGCUCUGGAGAGAGGGGUGGAUGUUCAGUUCAGACAACUAGGGGCAGGUGACUAUUUAUGGAUUCUGACACCUCCCAUGGCUAGCCCCAACUUGAGGUAUACUCAUCAGCAACCUACCCUAGAAAAGGUGUUGCCCUUCCUUGUGGAGAGGAAAAGCUGGGAGGAUUUCAAAGACAGUGUAAGGACGAAAAGAUUCCACAAACAAGUCAACCAUAUGCUGAAUAGUGGAAUUGAGAAGUGUUUUUACCUAAUGGAGGGCUCUCUAAAUAAUGGUCGAUACAAACCGUCUGCAGAACAGCAAAAGAAUCUUAAGGAUUUACUUGAGAAGAUCUUUCUGGACAAUGGUUUCUAUGUAAAUUAUACAGCUUCAUGGUACAAAUCAGCAAUAUGGCUACUGUGGGCAACAGCUCUAGCAUCUGAAGCACAAAGGCAAGGUCAGUUGACUGGACAAGGAAUGACCUAUGCUGAGUUUAUGAAGCAGACUAGUGGACAAAACAGAAGUGCUGUCCUGACCAGGACAGACUUUAGACCAAUGGACUGGAAAAGCUGGGAAGCUGAACAUUUUAUAGAUGGAAUUUUCAGGGACAGUGUCAAUGAGAUAUCACUGAUCGACUUGUGUAAGAGAGAUCUGGGACCUGCAGACAGACAUGUUCUCAACAUUCAUGACCUAGAGGCAUACAAUAAGGGCAGGCAGACGAUGUUGAACAAAUGUUUAAAUGAAGCUUGUGGAAGCCCUGAUAGAAUUCCGGACAUUGUCAAUACCACCCUGAAGGCUCAGUUACACAACGUGCUGCACUACGAUGUCAUGUCAUGGUGGCAGCUCAAGAUUCAGUUUAUGCUUGGAUUGUACAUAGUGAGAACUGAAAAACCAGAAGAAAGACUUCGAAUUCAGAUGGAGAUUGACUGGAGGUCAGGAGGUCAACCGGUGUUAAACAGAAGGACAAGAGAACCAUGGCAGGACCCUGUUCAGAGAACAGUAGGACUACGACAAGACCAGAACAACAGGCUCAGAGGUAAUGGUCCACACGACAGACUUGUUACAACUGAACAACAUGGAGAUUUACCCUCUACCUCCUCAACCACAGAGGCCUCUGGGGAUAAAGACUUAGUAUUCGCCUCUGAUUCACAAACAGAAAACUUUAUGAUACAGCAGGCUGUAGCUCUCAGCAAGCAGGAAGAAGCUGAAGAACAAAAUAGCAUAUUACUUUCCCCAGCUAAACAAGUGGCCCCACCAUCAACAUCAAAUAGAAUCCCAAGAGAAAGGCCUAGAACAGCCUCAGAUAAGAAGUCUGCCACUGCAACAAAGUCACGGGAGGAUGAGGAGCUAGAACUGGCCUUAAAACUCAGUUUAGAGGAGGCAGCAAACGGCGGUAUCGGUGAUGUUAUACCCUCUGUAAACAGAGACAUGAAGGACCCAGUGAUUGAUGACGCUGAAUCUAAUUCAAUCAAUGUCAAACAAACGUUGAUUCGGGUACACCCAGACCUCAACAUGGACAGCCAGGAAGAAUUGCAGUAUGUUCUAGAACUGAGUAAGAAAUCUGCUAACAUCACACAUGAGGGAGACAUACCACACAAUAAUGAUGACUUCAUUGAUGUGUCUGAACCCAAGGAGCAAAAAUUGUCUUCUCUAAGCAGUACCACAGAACCUGAAAGGAAGAAACACAAGUCUGCUAAUGUGUGUGAAAGUGAGAAAGGGACUUCUAAAUGUAGUGAGGAUGAAGAUCUCAAACUUGCUAUUGAAUUAAGUUUGAAAGGGAAUCAAAGUUUGAUGGGCAGACGAUCAACAACCCCACGAUCUGCAAGAACCAGUCCUCCGUCCAAUAAUCAGUGUCUGAGUAACCCAGUUUUAUGUCCCACUGAUUUAGACUAUACAGAUUUGGAUUGGGCAAUACAGCUCGGUUUAAAAUCAGACUCUGACAGUGUUCCCUGUGAUGUUGGAAACGUCAGCAAUCAAAAAAAUGUAUUUGAUGUGAUUGAGAUAGAAGAUUCGCAAGAUUUACUCGACGGUUAUUCAGAUUUAAAAAGAACCGAUCGUGAACAAUCUUGUGAUGAAGAAAAUGUUACUUAUGAGAAUGGAUCUCAUUCUGAAUCGAUGGAGUGUAUUGUAUUGGAUGAUUCUCAAGGAGAACCAGUUUAUAAUGUAUCUCAAACAGAGAAAGAAACAGCUUCUAUUGAUUUCAUUACAUCUUGUAAUAAUUUGAAAAUGAACCCUUGUCAGCUAAUAGCUGAGAAAGAGAGGGAAACGGAAAUGAGUCAAGGAUGCCUAGCUCCAGACACUCAGACGGAAGAAAAGCAAAUUUUAGAUCAAGGGAGUGAUGUUGCUGUACCAGAAACUGUGCUCGAGUCAGAGACAUUGUCUACUUUUUCACAUUAUGAGAAAUCUGUAGUAGAGCCAAAGCCUUUCAAGUUUGAUGCAGCUACAAACAUUUCCGAUGGGAUCAGCAAUGAAAAUCUCGAUCAUUGCUAUAACCACGCAGACAGAUGUCAGUUGAAUGCUAGAAAAUCAAAUAAGACUUUGUUCUGUAAUGAAAAAUAUGUAGUUCAUGUAUCAAACAGAGAUACAGACACUGGAGAAUCCAGAAAUUUUGAAAAUGAUGACCUGGAUGUUAUUCCACCUUCUCCAGGUAGUCGAAAAUCCAAACCCUUAACUACUACAUUCAAAACAUCUGCCCAAGACAAAUCAUUUCAGCUAUCUGUGGAAGAGGAAAGCAUUGAAGAGAAAUGUAUUACAAACACAGACAAAAUACAGGCAGAUGAAAACAGUGGAAAAGCCAACCAGGACAGUGAAGGAGAUUCUCAAGAUUUAUUCUGUGAGAAUUUGGUACUCCCAUCUUUGUCUCCAUAUAAUCCGGAGACUGAGACUCCUGGCAAAUUACUUCCUAUAAAGACCAAACAAACAGCACAACCUGGAGAGGAUGUUUUGCACAAUCUAGUGAAAGUGAAACAAGAAUCAACAGACAUAAUGGAAAGUGCUGUAAGAAAUGAGGAAAUUGUGAUGGACAGUCAGACUUUGGAAGACAGUCAGGAAGAAUUGCCCAAAUAUGACUGGAUGAAAUUAUCUCCAUCUCACAGAACUGAUCAUAUUACUGUUAAGGUGAUGACACCGGUUGAAAAAGGAAGUAACUUGACCUCAGAUAUUGUCAAAGGAAGUAGUUUGAGUCUUGGAUCUACAUCAAACAUUAAUAUUAACAUUCACAUUGAUCAUAUUGAUAAAACAAGUCAGUCAUGCACAAAAGGUAGCUUAGUUGAUGAAGAUGAAGAAUAUGCCAAACGUCUUCAGAGAGAACUGAAUGAAGAAUAUGAACGAUCUAAAUGGAAAACAUCACUGAUCAGAAUGGAGACAAGAUCUAUUAAAAAGGAAGAUGUGUGUUCAAGCCCCCCGAAAUCUUUAAAUGGAAAAUUCAGUAAGAGGCAUGAAGAAGAUUUUGAUGACAUUGAUGCUGCGAUUGCUCAAAGUUUGCACAAAGAGUUAAACAGUCCGGCACCGAAGACAGGCAGGAAACUGCUAUUACAGGAUGAGAAAAUAGCGAAACAACUGGAUAAAGAAUGGAAUAAGCCAAACAGUAGUGGCAGAAUGUCUGGAGGGGCGGAAGAUGAGGAAUUAGUGACAAGUUUACAGAACAUUGAGACUGAAAACCAGGAGGAUAGAGACCGACAGAUUCAGAUGGAUGAGGAUUUGGCCCGUCAACUUCUGGAGUCGGAUGAUAAUGGCCAAUCAACAGGACAGAAAGCUUCGUCUGUAAUGAAGAGGAAAAACUUUCUCAUAAAUGACAGCCCUCCUAUAGAAAAGCUAUCUAGAAAUGAAGCAUGGAGAAAAAAUUUGUUUACAGAGGACCAAACAGCCAGGAGAGACAGUUUGUCCCAGCUUCAACAGAGAAGAGAACAGAGUGAUAGUUUGAAAGAAAGAUCAAGAUCAGCUGCAGGAAGUAGCUCAUCAAACAGGUUACCCUGGGAUACUGUGGGAACAAGUCAUUUAGACCAAUCUGGACUUUGCAACUCCCCAAUGGUUCAAGAUUUUACGAGAUCUGGAGAUGUAGGAACAAGCAAUUGGAUCAACUCUACUUCAAGCUCAUCAACAUGCCCAAGCAAAACAUUCAGCAAGCCCCCCUCCCCCAGUAAUGUAGAUCAGGGAGAGGAUGAGAGGCCAGUACUGGGUACUCAAUCAGAGGCCCUAUCUAAGGACCGAUGUGGGAAUUGUGGGGAGAUUGGACAUAACAGAAAGUGGGUCAAAUGUCCACAAUAUUACUCACUGGAAGAAAGCCUUAGAAGACAGGAACAGCAGGCUAAAGCCAGGGAAAGGACUGAGGCCCGGGAAAGAGAAGAAGCAGAAGCCAGACAAGACUUGGGAGUGAAAGUGAAACAAGAAUCAACAGACAUAAUGGAAAGAAAUGAGGAAAUUGUGAUGGACAUUCAGGCUUUGGAAGGCAGUCAGGAAGAAUUACCCAAAUAUGACUCGGUAAAAUUAUCUCAGAACAGAAUUAAUCGCAUUACUGUCAAGGUGAUGACACCGGUUGAAAAAGGGAGUAACUUGACCUCAAAUAUUGUCAAAGAGAGUCAUUUAUCUAAAUCAAACAUUAACAUCAACGUUCAUAUUGAUAAAACAAGUCAGUCAACUUCAAAAGGUAGCUUAGUUGAUGAAGAUGAAGAAUAUGCCAAACGUCUACAGAGAGAACUGGAUGAAGAAUAUGAUUUACAGGAUGAGAAAAUAGCGAAACAACUGGAUAAAGAAUGGAAUAAGCCAAACAGUAGUGGCAGAAUGUCUGGAGGGGCGGAAGAUGAGGAAUUAGUGACAAGUUUACAGAACAUUGAGGCAGAAAUUAGCCAGGAGGAUAGAGACCGACAGAUUCAGAUGGAUGAGGAUUUGGCCCAUCGACUUCUGGAAUUAGAUGAUAAUGGUCAAUCAACAGGACAGAAAGCUUCGUCUGUAAUGAAGAGGAAAAACUUUCUCAUAAAUGACAGCCCUCCUAUAGAAAAGCUAUCUAGAAAUGAAGCAUGGAGAAAAAAUUUGUUUACAGAGGACCAAACAGCCAGGAGAGACAGUUUGUCCCAGCUUCAACAGAGAAGAGAACAGAGUGAUAGUUUGAAAGAAAGAUCAAGAUCAGCUGCAGGAAGUAGCUCAUCAAACAGGUUACCCUGGGAUACUGUGGGAACAAGUCAUUUAGACCAAUCUGGACUUUGCAACUCCCCAAUGGUUCAAGAUUUUACGAGAUCUGGAGAUGUAGGAACAAGCAAUUGGAUCAACUCUACUUCAAGCUCAUCAACAUGCCCAAGCAAAACAUUCAGCAAGCCCCCCUCCCCCAGUAAUGUAGAUCAGGGAGAGGAUGAGAGGCCAGUACUGGGUACUCAAUCAGAGGCCCUAUCUAAGGACCGAUGUGGGAAUUGUGGGGAGAUUGGACAUAACAGAAAAUGGGUCAAAUGUCCACAAUAUUACUCACUGGAAGAAAGCCUUAGAAGACAGGAACAGCAGGCUAAAGCCAGGGAAAGGACUGAGGCCCGGGAAAGAGAAGAAACAGAAGCCAGACAAGACUUGGAAAAUCAUCAAAGAGCAUCAAGAAACAUUGGUAUUCAGAUAGAUGAUGAAAUUGAAAAAACAAUCAAAAGAUUGGAUAGAAAGAAAAAGCAAAGAGAAAACAGACGGAAGUAAGCCACGCACAAGGGGUAGCUGAUGUUACUCUGUUAAAUGGAAAACCUUAAUCAAGAAAGUUUUCUUGCCAUGGUGUGGAUUAAUCAUUGUUCUGUGUUGAAGAGGGAUUUAUAAUUCCAGUCAGUAUUUUGUUUCAUAACCACAUAUGUUCCAUGCAUUGUUGUGUUUAUCUUUAACCACAGAUUAUCAGUGUACUUUUAUAGUUUUUAGUAAUGUUUGAUAGUGAUAUACAUUUUUUCAUAUUUACCUCACUUGUUGUCUGUUUGUCUGUUUGUAAACUUUUUACAUUUUUAACAGCACCAGAUGCACAAGGCCAAUUUCAACCAAACUUGGGAAAAAGCAUCCUUUGGGUGAAGGGCUUUAAAGUUCGUUCAAAUGAAGGAUCAUGCCCCCUUCAAAUGGGAGAUAAUCACAAAAAUAUAAAAAUAAGGUGGGGUCAUUUAAAAAUCUUCUUCUCAAGAACCACUUGACCAGAAGAACUGAAAUUUGUUUGAAAGCUUCCUGACAUAGCGCAGAUUCAAGUUUGUUACAAUCAUAACCCCCGGGGGUAGGAUGGGGCUACAAUUGGGGUCGAAAUUUAACAUACAAAUAUAUAGAGGGAAAAUCUUUGAAAAUCUUCCCAAGAACCAUUGGGCCAGGGAAGUAGAAAUUUACAUGACAGCUUCCUGACAUAUUGCUGAUUCAAGUUUGUUAAAGUUAUGGCCCCAAGGUGUAGGGUACGGCCACAAUAGGGAAUCGAAGUUUUACAAACAAAUAUACAGAGAAAAUCUUUAAAAAUCCUCUCAAGAACCACUGGGCCAGAGAAGUUUACAUUUUCGUUAAAGCUUCCUCUCAUAAUGCAGAUUCAAAUUUGUAAAAAUCAUGGCCGCUGGGGGUAGGUUGGGACCACAAUAGAGAUCAAAGUUUAACAUGCUAAUAUAUAGACAUUAUUUGUUGAAAUGCGCAUCUGGUGCAUCAAAAUUGGUACCGUAUUAAGUUUUACAUAGGCAAAAUCUUUGAAUAUGGCCCAGGGUGACUCAGGUGAGUGAUGUGACCCCUGGGCCUCUUGUUCAUAUAGUGUUCAUUAUUAGUGUAAGAAAAUUUGUCUGUUUUGAAUAAAAUUCAUUCAGUAUAUUCAUA